CCGAGCUGACGCCAUGAACGGUGACUUGCCUCCACAUGCGCUCUAUCCGUGCACUCUCCCUCGACGCCUAUGGCCCACCCUCCCCCGCCAACGCACCGUGCGCCUCACCCGUCAUACAUUCUCAAUCCUCACAUCACAACCCUCAUUGCAACAUCUCUCAUGUGGUCGUACUUUUCGCACGCCGCCGACUCUACUCUCUCGCUCUCGCGCACUUCCACCCGCACUUCUGUCCGCGAUAUCCCGGAUCUAGCCUCCCAAGCGUUUCUCGAUGAUACAGGAAAGCCGGCGACGUUGCCCGAGAUGGGCAACGGCGGCGAGGAGAGCAAGAUGCGCGUGCUGUUGGGCUUGCUCAAGAAGCUCGUCGGUGUGAAGGAUGUAGCCAAUCUCCGCCUCUCGCUACCUGCAUCGCUCCUCGAGCCGAUUCCCAACCUCGAGUACUGGCAGUAUGCCGACCGGGCCGACAUCUUUGCAGCCAUCGGUGACUCUGGCGAUGACCUCGAACGGAUGCUCGCCGUCUUGCGCUUCCUCUUCUCCAAGGACCUCAAGUUUGUCCGCGCUCGCCUUGGCAAGACGUACAACUCUGCCCUGGGCGAACAUUUCCGCUGUGCAUGGAGAGUCCCCGCGCUGGUACUUGACAAGGCGACGGGCGCGCCUAUCGUACGCACGCACGUCCACGUGCCGCUGCCCAACGAGCCGUCGUAUGGCGGAACGGGCGGCUCGGGGUGGACGACGCCCGUGUUGCGCCCAGAAGACGGCGGCAAGGUGUCGUCCGAGGCGUCCAGCAUCCGCUCGGUGGCAUCUAACAAGAAGAGCCCGGCAGCCAAGCUGCGGCGGAACGACUCGUACCAGAGCUUUGACAUGAGCUCGAUCAAGCAAGCGAUUCCCGGGCCCGGCGAAGAAGUGCCGAGCCUGCGCGACCCGGAUGCCGGUGUCCGGGAAGAGGAGAAGGUGACGGUCGUGUUCCUGAGCGAGCAGACGAGCCACCACCCGCCGGUGUCUGCGGCGUACUACUACUGCCCCGAGAAGGGCAUUGAGGCCGUGUGCGUCGACCAGAUUGUCGCCAAGGUGUCAUUUCCUUCGGUCCGCCUUGGCCCCGGUCCCCAGAACAAGGGUAUCUUCGUGCGCAUCCUGCGCGACGGCCCAGGCAAGGGCGAGGAGUACCAGAUUACGCACCCGGACGCCCAGGUGAACGGUAUACUCAAGGGCGCGUACUACGGCACCAUGAGUGACACUAUUUCUGUGACGUGCCGUGGCGGUUCCGCGACGACUCGGUUGCGAGCCUUGAUCGAGUACAAGGAGGAGUCGUGGCUCGGCAAGCCGCGCUUUGCCCUCGAAGGUGUCGUGUACCGGUACGACGAGGGCGACGUGAACGCCGAGUCGUGGACAAAGGUCAAGCAGGUGCCGGGCGACAAGGUCGUGGCGAGCCUCGAGGGCAACUGGAUGAAAACGAUCAAGUACCGGCUCAAGGGGGAGAAGGAGUGGAAGGUCCUGCUGAACCUGGACGAGCUGGCGCUUAUCCCCAAGCUUGUGCGCCCGCUCGAAGAGCAGGAGGGGCACGAGUCGCGGCAGCUGUGGGAGCCGGUGACGAGCAACCUACUGGCGAAGAACUGGGGGGAGGCGACCAAGCAAAAGCAGGCUAUUGAGCAGCGACAGCGCGACAUUGCGGCGCAGCUCAAGGCCGAGGGCAGAGUGUGAGUGGAUGGGUGCGCGUGUCUCAGAUGGGGAGGGAAGCUCUGUUUAGGGGCCAGAAGCAGGACAGCACACGUGUGCUCGUCCUCGCGACGUCUUUGUCUCUGCCCGCGCGUUAUCGUUGCCGCAUGCUGUUGUCGCCGCCGUCGUUGCCGCGUCGCGUCGCGUCGUCGCGUCGCGCAAUGACGGCAUAUCAAGUAUGCGUGCAUGGUGGCCCGUCGGCGCCGACGUGGUGGACGCGGUGGAUGCGUGGAUGUUUGACUUUGUGUCUGCGUCUGCGUCUGGCUUGUUCCCCCUUUCCCCCUUUCCUCCCCUCUUGGUGCCGCUGCCGAAUAGUAGAGUAGACUUUGGUUGCCGCGUUUCUAAAUCCAGUUUGAAACUUUGCUGACGUGAUAACAGGCACGAGCCCCGAUUCUUCUCGCCUGAUUAUGAGGAUGGCCGGCCUGUGCUGACGGAUGCUGGGCGACAGGCUGUGGAGGACGAGAUUAA